CCGGCGGGAACGGGAACGGGAACGGGAACGUCAAGGGUUUGAGAGGGCUGCGGGUUCCUCACCGCUCGGGGCUGCCGAGAGCUCUGUGGGUUCGCUGGGAGUCCCCUUCGGUAGUCCCUGAGCGGCGGGGUCUGGCCCGGCCGCACGCCCGUGCUCAGCCGGGGUUUAUCGGUAUCUGGGCCUAGAGGCGAGCUGUGGUUUGAGCUCCACAGAGCCUUCGGGGCCGCUCGUUCCACGCGGUGGUGCGGAGGGCAUACCCGGGACCGGCUGGCGGUGCGAAUUACCCUGGGCAUGCGAAAUUCGAGGCUGCUGCGUAGAAGGCACUUUGGAGGCUGGGGACAGCUGUGAUGCACAUCUGUUUGACAAAAAAGGCAUCAGCUUUUCCUAGAGAAAAAAAAUGAAAGGCGAAGCACAUGCAGAUGAUUUUCAAGUCCAGGAUUUUGUCAAGAAGAAGAAAAAGAAGAAGAAAAAGAAGAGGAAACACAGCGAGUCCAGCAAUACACAUGAAAAUGCUGAAAUUGUGGAAGAUCCAGAGCUCAGCCAUGCUUCCCUGGUGCUGUUUGAAGAUGCAGCAGCACAGGGCAGCAAGGACAGGAAAAAGAAGAAAAAACUGAAAAAAAAGGAUGAGAAGCAGCAGGCUUUGAUAGAUAAUUACAUUGUGAGGGUGAAACCUGAAAUCAGCAAUGGGACUGAAGCGGCUGCUGUCCCGAGGAAGAAGAGCAAGAGGAAGGAUCAGGACAGCACUGACAAGCUCAGCAGUGUCAGUUGUGCCCUUGUGAACCAGUACAACAGUCAGGACUGCCAGGAGCAUGCUGCUGAUUACGUUUAUUUUAAAAAACCCAAGAAGAAAAAGAAAGAAAAGCAGCCUGAAGCUGAUGAGACGUGUGAGCUGUCUCCCUCUGAGGAACACAGCAAGGGUCACAAAGAGAAAUCCAAAAAGAAGAAGAAGAAGAGGAGAGAGGGCAGUGCCCAGGAUGUGCAGGAGGACACAGAGGGAGCAGCUGAGCAGCCACUGCUGCCAUCCUCGGAGCAGGGCAAGGGACACAGGGGGUGGCCUUCACCUGCAGGUGAGGAUGGAGGCUGUGAUGCUGCUUCUGCUGUCACUGAGGUCUCCAUGGAGCUUCCUGCUGAUUUUUCUACACCCAGUAAAGCAGCUGAUCGAGCUAAAAAGACUCCAGCACAUGCCAAAAAGGCAAAUAAAAGCAGUGCUUAUGUCAUGGAAGAAAGUCCUUCAGAGUCUGACGUGAUGACACCAGAAGCCUCGGCAUCACAUAAAAAGAAGAAGAAGCAGAACAAUUCCUUUGCUGAAUUGGCAGCCUCUGACGAGAUGAGUGUGGAUGGUGAAGAAAGCCUGGACAUUGCUAUGACUUCAGUCAUGGAUUUAGAUACUGCAAGACAAGAACUGGAAGAGUUUAUUCCUCAUGUCAAGAAUAUAUCAGAUGGUUCAAUCAAGAAAAUGGCUGGAAGAGACCUAACAAGGUUUAAGGAGUUUAAAAAACAGGGUAUUGCUGUCAAGUUUGGCAGAUUUACCCAGAAGGAAAAUAAACAAAUCCAGAAAAAUGUUGAAGAGUUUUUAUCACUUACUGGAAUAGACAGUGCUGAAAAACUUUUGUUUACCUCGAGGUAUCCAGAUGAUAAAGACACCAUCCAUCGCCUAAAAACAGAACAUCAUUUUUGUGAAAAAAUCUCUGAGGGCAUACCCCGGCCCUGGAGGCUGAUAUAUUAUCGAGCAAGGAAGAUGUUUGACCCAAAUAAUUAUAAAGGAAGGUAUUCUAAGGAAGAAAAAGAAAAAUUAAAGAAGUAUCAAGCUCUGCAUGGCAAUGAUUGGAAGAAGAUUUCUGAGUUGAUGUCCCGGUCUAACCUCUCAGUUGCUAUGAAAUUCUCUGAAAUUAAGUCAGCUAUUAACUAUGGUCCUUGGACAAAGGAAGAGACCCAGAAGUUAAUGAAUGCGGUGAAGGAGGUGCUGAGGAGAAAACUGAAAACAGAAAAUGCAGAUUCUCCUUUGUCACUGGAACAGUCAGAUACAGAUCUGUGGAUUGACCGUGAGAAGCUGUACCAGGCGCUGCCAUGGACUGAGAUUGAAAGCAAAGUGGGAAGUCGAUACUGGAGACAGUGCAAACAGAAAUGGAAUUCAAUUUUAACAAGCAAGUUGACCAGAGGGCAGCAGUUGUACAGAGGGACCAAUGGAUUACGGGCCAAGAUCAAUCUGAUUAAAAGGUUGUAUGAAACAAAAGCAGAGGAUGCCACUGAAGUAAACUGGGAUGAACUCAGUAGUGCUAUUGGAGAUGUUCCUAGAGCCUAUGUUCAAUCAAAGUUUUAUAGGCUAAAAGUGUCCUCUGUCCCUUUAUGGAAAAGAAAGACUUUUUCUGAAAUUAUUGAGUAUCUGUAUGAAAAGAAGCUCCCAGAACUUGAAGAAAAGUUAAGAAAAGAAGAGGGGAAACGCCACAGUUUUGGCAAGUCAGCAGCCAGUCAGCAGCAGCAGGUUUUCAGAUUCAGUGACAUUUUUGACUCCAGUGACGAGUCAAAAGGCAUUUGUGAGGAGAGUGAUUAAUUGAUUGUCCUAAAAGCAAUGCCUAAUUUGCAUAUUUAACUGGAAAUGGGUCUGGUUCAAAGUAGGUGUACCUCACCACCUGCAAGUACCCAGGGUGUUGAUAAUGGGAAAAGUCGGGAUAGGCACCUCUGAUUGUCUUGUUUCAUCUUGAAGAUUGAGUUAUACUCAGCUUUUAUGCCACCUUUUAUUUAAUUUAGCUCUGGUUUUAAAAGUUCUCAUGUAAGCAUCCAAGUUGCUCUCUAAAUGUCUCAAAUUACCAUUUUUUCCUGUGGAGCUGAAAGCUUCUCUUUUCCCUCUAUGAGUGAACUUGGUUUUCAGAACUUUAUUUUUUUAAAUUCCUGGUAUUGGGAAAAGGUUUUCAGUUUGCUUUUAAAUCUCUGUAAUAGGCCAAUCUUGAGACUGUGUUGAUGAAAACAGCACAACGUUUGAGUUGGUUUUUUUUUUUUAAACAGGUAGCUUAUUCUUAAAAGCAACUGAUUUUAUUUUUGAUGUAGACUUACACUUUGUCAAUCCUUCUAGAGAAAAACGACUUUUCUCCAUUACUAUUCAUCAUUUCAUGCAAGCUAAAACAAAUAAUUUUAAAUGUUAUAAUUAAUAUUUGGAAUACAGAGACAAAAAAGUGUAUAUAUAUACAUAUGCAUACAUUUAUAUUUUUAUUUUGCCAAGGAGAAUUUCUACAUUUUAGUAAGAAAAUAAAGCAAUAAGAUGGAGGUUGUACUCAUGUUUUGUAUUAUACUUUUGACUCUCUGCCUGAAGUGAUUAUUUGUAAAUUAACUGAAUGAAUGUAAAAUAUCUUACAGUGUUAAGUCUUUGUAUGGCUUUUAUAUAUUUCCCAUAUUCUGUACUAGACAGUAAUGGAAGAAGACUCAGUCCCUGAUCUUUGAGGGUCAUUAUGAUAAGUGACAAUUUCCCUUUUCAGUUUUAGUAAUCAUCACUGAAAAUUCAGAAAUUUCAAUAGCUUGAACUAAAGGCUUUGUUGGAGGGUCUGGAAGUUGACUCAUAGCAAGGGAUUUUAAAGGAGAACUUUCCAUGUUUAACUGUCUGGCUUUAGUGACUGGGAUUUUUGUGAGACAGGCAGGACCUCCCCUGCAAUCAGCCACUGCUUUGAGUGUAAAGUUUUCCAGCCAAGAGAUGGAAACACCACUUCUAUUUAGAUCUUUGUGUUUGUUUCCUGGGUUUGAAGGUUAAAAGCUGAAAAACUUGAAUUGCUGAACCUAAGAAGUUUGUGUUUUUCAAGGGUAUUUUUUUCCCUGGAAAAUGGAGAUUCUGAAAUGAUGCCUGGUUGUAGAAUUUGUAGAGUAGAUCUUGCAGAAAUAAACUUCUACCUCCAUGAUGAAACUUAUAUUAUUUUUUGCUUUAAAAGAAAACUCUUGUGGCUCAGUAGAAUGCACCUUGCUCUAAAGAGAGAAACAGCACUGUUUUAUUGAGCAAAAAGAAUAA